AUGGCCCAAACCCAGGAAAACAGCAACUUGGCUGCCUUCUACAUGUGUGCCAGAAGAGACAGUGACUGCAGCCCCCUGAGCAGGGAGGAGCUGAGGCAGCUCAUUGAGCAGGAGUUUGCAGAUGCAAUGGAGAAUCCCCAGGACCCCAGAUCCAUCAAGAAGGUGCUGUGCUUCCUGGAUGAUGACAGCAACUGCAGGGUUGACUUCAACGAGUUGCUCAGCCUGGUUUUCCGCAUGGCCAAGGCUUGUUACCAGCCGGUCCAGCAGCACCAGGUGUUGGAAGAUAGUCAAGACCCGACAGUGCAAGAGGAGGCAGGUGGGGAGCAGCCAUCAGGGCCGCAAACUGCGGGGAGGGUCUCCCCUAACCCUGAGCAGGGUGUGAACAAUGAGGUCCAGGACACUGAGACACAGGACCAGGACACACGUCAAACCCAGGAGGGUGAGACAUCAGAGCAGGACCAGGACACCCAUCAGGAUGACAGGACUGAAGCACCAGAAGAGGAUCCAGAGGGAUGUAACAAGGCGCAGCGUCCCCAGAUGCAAGCUGAGAUCUCUGCGCUGAUGUACCUGAUAACAGGCUUAGGGAUCCUGUGA